UUAAGUCGAAUCUUCAAUACUUGGUUGUUUUGAUAUUUCAAGUUGGGGUGCCUUGACUGUAAUUUUAGUUAUUUGGGUCAAUGUUCAAUAGGAAUGCAGAGCCAAUUGAGUGGUUGAAGAAGGCACAGGCAUUAUGUCACCAGAGAAUAUCUGAAAUUUGGAAGGCUGCUGAAAGGCAGAGGAUUGAUUAUAAGGGAUCCACAGAGUUGGGAAACAUUGGCAUUAAUCCAUGGGAUUCCUCCAUUUUGGAAGACCUGAUGAAGAAGAUAAAUCCUACAAUUAAAAAAUUUUAUGGGUAUCACUUGAGCACUAAAUCUUAUACAGGAAAAGUGGCCUUAUCUACUUUGAAGAAUGCAUCAAGGAACAAAGUUAUAGAGAUAGGCGGGAGGAAGUACCAUAUCAAAGGUUGCGCUGGACAAGGUGGUUUUGCUCAAGUAUACAAGGCCUUUGUCAACAGUGAUCCAAAUGAUGUUGUUGCGCUAAAGAUACAAAAGCCAGCUUUCCCUUGGGAAUUUUACAUGUAUCGUCAGCUUGAUAUGCGGAUCACUGGCAGAGAAAGGUCAAGCUAUGGUUUGGCUCAGAGAAUUCAUCUGUAUGCAGACUGUAGCAUACUCAUCUGUGACUAUUUAGCUCAUGGAACGCUACAGGAUGUCAUAAACAGAUAUGCGGUCCAAGGGAAACCCAUGGAAGAAGUUUUAUGUAUUUAUUACACGAUAGAAAUGUUACACAUGGUUGAAACUUUGCAUGAUGUUGGCUUGAUUCAUGGUGAUUUCAAGCCUGAUAAUCUGCUUAUUCGCUAUGCUAGGUAAAAUUAAGCUUCUCCUUCGUUACCAUUAGUUGGUUCGAAGUGGUCCUUGGGUCUUUGCCUUGUAGACUGGGGAAGAGGGAUUGUUCUGGAUCUCUUUCCAGAUGACAUAGUAUUUAAGGGUGAUUGCGGAACUUCUGGAUUUCGCUGCAUUGAGAUGCAAGAGGAUAAGCCAUGGAAAUUUCAGGUAGACGCAUACGGCCUUUGCGUUGUUGUCCAUAUGAUGUUGCAUAAUUGCUAUAUGGAGAUUGCCAAAGAAGAAUCAUCUGAUGGAGGCUACAUGUAUCUUCCCAAACAACGCUUUAAACGUUACUGGAACGUUGCGCUCUGGAAGAAUUUCUUCACCAAGAUGUUAAAUCAAUACCCUGGCAAUGAUGAUAGAAGGUUGCUGCAGGAGUUGAAGAAGUCCUUCCAGGACUAUAUAAGUUCCGAUCCAAAGAUGAUAAAGACACUAAGGGAGUUACUUGCAAAGCAAAGGACUUCUAUGUGUUGUGCUUAGAGUUUCAAAAUUCUUUUCUGAACCUGUUUCGUUUUACUUAACUGUCUUCAGCUGCAGGAGGCUAUAUAUAUAUAUGUGUAUGUAUAUUUGAAGGAAUAUAGAAACAAAUGCAAAAUGCAAGCAAUCCCAGACAGGUUCGGAAGGUGAACAUCGAUUCAUUUUUCUUCUGAUUCUGAUUUGCAUGCUAACAACUGCUCUUUAAUGCACUUAUCCACUUACAUUUGCCUCUUUAAUGCUAAUAUUUAUUGUCCUUUGUAGUUUGAGUUGUCUGAAUUUGACUUUUCAAGUACUCAUGUAGAUACAUGGAUGAACUGAGUGCUGUUAGCACUUAGCAGGUCUAAUGUUGUAUAUGAUAAUUGUUUGUUGUAAUUGGGUGUGAACUGUUUGUAAUAUCUAAAUAGUUUUCCUUGUUUAGAUAGUGGAUUUUAGCUCUGAAGAGGAAUA